UUUUCCUAAUAAUUGCAAGCGAACAAUAUUUCACAAUGAACAAGGACAACUCCAGCAUGAAAAUGGAUCCGCAGCUAGCCCUACGCCUCCUGGCUGAUGGCGGAGUGCUGGUCAUCGCCGGUGUACCCGAGGGCACGGAAUUCGGCAUUGAUCUUUGUGCCUACACCAUUGGUCCGGAUUUCCGAGGCGUCAAGAUGAUUCCACCCGGAGUCCACUACGUAUGGUGCUCCUCCCGUGGUCCCUACGGCGAUGCAGCCCCUCGUGUUGGAUUCGUGCACUUCUUCCAUCCGAAUGAGAUUGUCGUACGAGAGUGGGACCACGAACUGGAGGAAUUGCGCCCGCGGAGGAUUGCCGAACCGGAAGUGGAGCGAGACCGAAUACGCAAAAACCUAGCCCAACUGGAGCGCGUGCUGGCGCCGUACGACUAUCGUUACGUGGUCCAGUGGAAGGAACUCACCGGCAGCGUGACGGAGUCUUGCGUGGAUCGCUGCCGUCCGACAGAAGGAACCAUCCGUACGAACAUCGAACUGCAAUCCUGCCCGGACGCAGAUCGGCCGCGAGGUGGAGCCGCUACUGUCAGCAUAAGCCGCCGGAAUGCUGCAGCUCGGAUUCUCUUAGAUGAGAGCGAACUCCUACCGGACCUUAAGCCCGUGGAAGGAACAGCUCCGCGCUUCACUACCGUACCCCUGCGUGUUCCACAAGAUGCCCUGCCCGCUGAUGUUUCCCGCCAUGCCUUGGACUGCAUCGAUGCUGUUGACAAACUGCUCGAAGGCUUUGAAACGGCCGAUGGACUCAUUGAGGAACUGCAGCUGGCUUACGCAUUUUUCCUAGUGGGCUACUCUGUGGAGUCUCUGGCCCACUGGCGCAAGCUUUUGGGCUUGCUGGCUCACUCGCAAACGGCGGUCACCAAGCACAAGUUAACGUACAUGAAAUACAGCGAGGUUUUGGCCCACCAGCUGCCCCAUCUGCCCGAGGAGCUGAUGGUGCCUGGUCCGCAUAACACCGUCUACAAAGAUGUACGCGAACUGCUGGUCAAUCUGCAUGCGGGCGGCUUAAGUGUCAGCGCUGAGCGGCUAACUAAGCGGCUGGAGAAAAAAUUGGGAUGGGAAUUCGAGGGCCUGCUAGACGAGGAUCCCGAGGACCAGCCUGUAGUCAUCGAACUUCCGGAAGCCUAGGAGAAGGGCGCUACGCAUGUGAAGUGUAAUUCAUAUAUUUGUAAUACAAUGGACUGAAACUGAUCUAUAUUGAUUUCUACUUUAACGCAGCGAAUGCUGGGUGCGCAAGUAAUUCCACAGAUCCCGAGCCGUGCGGAUGCUGACCAUGAAUUGGCACAACUUGGUCUCGAUCAGGCAGAGAAUCAAGAACUUGGCCCGCUUGUCCUUUAGCAGGGACUGCAAGGAGUAUGGCAUGGACAUGGGUUUUCUGUAGCCAUAAACGGCGCCACACCAUCACUCACCUCCUCGUUGUUCUCGGGACCAUUCUCCACCACCGUCCAGAGUUCCUCCGACUCCAGAUACGCCCGCACCGUCAUCGACCAGGCCUUGUAGUUGUCCAAACCUUUGAGCUUCUCAAUUUGCAGCUGCAGUGCCAUCUCCGAGACUCGAGCAACGUUUCGCAACUAAACCGCAUUCGGGCCCUUUGCUGUUUCCUUACCUUCGCCUCUUCC